GUUUCUAAGCGCGCAGACCGCUGGGAAAGCGCGAUGUUCAAAUUUGUUUCCGGUUUUGUGCUGCUCCGGCCGACACGCCAAACAUGGAGCGACAUUGUACCAGUGUCACGAGGACUCCCCUCAAUAGCGUUCGAGUUCAGAGGAGGAGCAAAAGCAAGAGCUACAGGCAGUCAAUCCGCAGCUGCUUAGGUGCGGCGUCACGGCUCGUUUUGACUCCAGCUUUGACAGCGCGGAGACUCAACACCAGCAGAAAGGCUCCGAAGUCACAUAAUAUCACUGAGAAGGUGAACCCGGAGCAGCUGAACUUACUGAUGAAGAAAGAGUGGCAGCUGUCCUACGUCACCCCGCUCUAUCAGUUCAGACACACGCAGCUCAAGAGCUACUCCCGGCAGCUCUCGGCGUUUAUCGCCGCGGAGAAGCAGCAAGGUCUGGCGGUGGAGGUGGAGGGAACACAUGGAGGUUUCAGAGUCUCCUUCAGUGUGGUGCAGGGGAUGUCAGAGGCGGACGAUGACGCUGAGACUGUGCUCGUACAGAUCUACUCGAAGCCUCCGUUCGCCGUAAAGGACGAGCCCCCGAGGGCCGUAUGGAGCGGCUGGCUGACCUGCAUCAACGGCAGCCCCGACUACCUGCGCUCGCUUCCUAAAGACUUCACAUGCAUGCCGCUCUUCUGCAGCAGCGGGGCCGACGGCCUCACCUCUUUGGUUAAAUCUUGGUUCCAGCUGACCUUCGACUGCUGUUUCGGCCCAUUGGAAAUCAGCCACACGAGCCUCCAGUGGCUGGUAGCUUUGUGGACUAACUGCCACACAGAGUCCGCCAUCAAGCACCUGAAAAUGAUGUGGACUGUCCCCACCGCUUUUCCGCUGAAGGUCAUGUACACGGUAAACGGGCCGGACGCCUGGCAGCUGUGGCGCAGCGUGAGGAAGGAGCGACACGACGAGAGCAACAAAGAAGAGGAAGAAGAAGAGGAGGACAGUAUCGAUAUAGAGGAGGUGAUGAGGUUCAUGCAGGACCUGAAGAGCCACUUUUACAGACACUUCAGGAUGGAUCUGUCGGCGGGGAGCCUGGAUCAGGUCUCCACCGCUCUGGGAUCGGCGAAAUCCAGCGGCAGGAUCAAGAUCUCCGACAGCAAGUACAUGAUCACCACGCUGACGCUGCUGACGGAGUGCGCCCUCCUUAAAAUGCCCAUUUAAAGGCACGGAAAGACAAUUUUUAGGCAGAUUAAUUUUUUUUUCAACGUUUCUUUUUUCAUGACAUGGCUUGGAAGUUAUAUUUCCUUUGAUCAAGUGUAGUAGAGUCACAUCUUCCAGCAUUUCUACUUUAGUAAUCCUGCAACCAUGAUGCUCAUUAUUCUGCCGCACAUGCUCAGGAUUCCCCCUCUUUGUAAAUAUUCUUCUCCAGCUGUUCUAUUCUAUUUUAUUCUCAUUUAUAGUUGUAAAUAAAAGCACAAUUUCACAAAGAA